CUUCUGUCUGUUCGUUACCACUCCCCUCACCCCUCCCUCAUCUUUCAUCAUGCCUAAGUGGGUAUCAGCGACAAGCUUGCGAAUGCAUGCAGACGGAACAGCGAUACGAUUGAAGGGAUGGGAUGUCCUUGUGUCGGCGCUGGCACAGGCUGGGGAUGCGGGCUGGUCCGAAGGGGAAGACAACGGUCUGGCGUCUGUCAUGGCCUCAUCCUCGUCAAUGGCGUAGUCUGCUCUGACACAUAGAGCUGUCACUGCACUCGAAGAUGGCAUCGCACGACGAUGGAUGGCAGGGAGGGCAGAGGGAUUGCAGAUGCCACUCGCAGACUCUCAAAGUGGACGAGGCAGCCAGGCUGGGCGAGCAGGUGGUGGAAGCUGGGACAUCGCACGAGGGAUAGAUGGAUAGGCAUGGGAUUUGGCUCGAAUGCUUCUGUCUUCCACUCGCGUCACCACACGUAUACUGAUCAUCGCAACCCCCUCUCAUUCCUCUCACAGCGUUCGUGACGUUGAAGCCGACACCUUCAUCCGUGCUUACUCGCAGCACCUCAAGCGAUCAGGCAAGAUCGAGGUGCCCACCUGGGUGGACAUCGUCAAGACGGGCGCCUACAAGGAGCAGGCCCCCUACGACCCUGACUGGUUCUACAUCCGUGCGGCCGCUCUCGCCCGCCACAUCUACCUCCGCAAGUCGGUCGGCGUUGGUGCCCUCCGCAAGCUGCACGGUGGUCCCAAGAACCGCGGCUUCAUGCCCGCAAAGCACGCCCCCGCUUCCGGCUCCGUUCAGCGCAAGGCCCUCCAGGGCCUUGAGGGUAUCGGUGUCCUCGAGAAGGACCCCAAGGGCGGUCGCCGUAUCUCUCAGGACGGCAUGCGUGACCUUGACCGUAUCGCCAUGGCUUGCCUCGAGAGCCAGCGUGAGGAGGAGGACGAGGAGGAGAGCGAGGAGGAGGACGAGGACGAGGAGUAGGCGCGCCUAGCGAUCAUAGCACCAUGGCAACGGCGUAGCAUUUCUCUCCAUCAUGCGAGCGGCAUAGAGACGCAGCAUUUCUCUCUCUCUCUAUCCCUCCGUCUUGUGACUCUCCUCUCGCAGGGUCAUUGUAAAAUGGUACCAGUUCUUUC